AACAACUGAGUUGAUGGAGUCAUAAGAUAUUUUGAAAACAGUCUCCCUGGAAAUACACUGUAGAAGUCUAGUACGGUAUACGGAUAACAACGGCCAUCGUACGACAGAUUUUUGGAUUACAGUUGCUGUCGUUGAAGCUGAAAGUCAGUUUGCAGAGGAAAAAAAAGGAAUGCCAGCAUCAACAACCCCUUGAAUCUCCUGCCAUCAGAGAGAGAGAGAGUGAGAGAGGGAUGGGGGAGACUGAGGAUGAGCGUAUGUUUCAGGCCGGCCAGCUGUUUGAGAACUUUGUGCAGGCUACCACCUGUAAAGGCACCCUGCAGGCAUUCAGCGUCCUCAGCAGACAGCUGGAGCUGAAUCCUGCUGACCACAGAGGCUUCUACAGCAGCCUGAAAGCUGCAGUCACCUUCUGGAAGGCCAAAGGCCUCUGGGGGAAACUGGACAAGAGAGCCAGCCACAAGGAGUACAAUAAGGGCAAAGUUUGCGUUGACACCAGGUGUCUCAUUAUUGGUGGCGGCCCCUGUGGCUUUCGCACCGCAAUAGAAUUAGCCUUGCUGGGAGCCAAGGUGGUGGUGAUUGAAAAGAGGGACACCUUCUCCAGGAACAAUGUUCUGCAUCUUUGGCCUUACACCAUCCAUGACCUCAGGAACCUUGGAGCCAAGAAGUUCUAUGGAAAGUUCUGUGCUGGAUCUAUAGACCACAUCAGUAUUCGUCAGCUUCAGCUCAUGCUGUUAAAGAUCGCUCUCAUUGUUGGGGUGGAGGUACACGUCAAUGUGGAGUUUGUCAAACUUCUGGAGCCGCUUGAGGACCAAGGGACUAAUGGGCCAGGAUGGAGGGCUGAGAUCUGCCCGGCUGAUCACCCGAUCUCAGAUUAUGAGUUUGAUGUGAUAAUUGGUGCAGAUGGAAGGAGAAGCACUCUUGAUGGCUUUAAAAGGAAGGAGUUCAGAGGAAAAUUAGCCAUUGCCAUCACCGCAAACUUUGUCAAUCGCAACACCACGGCUGAGGCAAAAGUGGAGGAGAUCAGCGGUGUGGCCUUCAUCUUCAACCAGAAGUUCUUCCUGGAGCUAAAGGAGGAGACCGGGAUUGAUUUGGAAAACAUUGUCUAUUACAGGGACAACACGCACUACUUUGUCAUGACUGCAAAAAAACAAAGCCUGCUGGAUAAGGGAGUGAUCAUCAAUGACUACAUUGAGACGGAACGGCUGUUGGCGAGUGACAAUGUGAACCAAGAAGCUUUGCUCUCAUAUGCCCGUGAGGCUGCAGAUUUUGGCACAAAUUACCAGCUGCCCUCCUUGGAUUAUGCCAUCAACCAUUACGGCCAGCCAGACGUAGCCAUGUUUGACUUCACUUGCAUGUACGCCUCAGAGAAUGCAGCACUGGUGCGAGAAAAGUACGGCCAUCAGCUGCUGGUGGCACUGGUUGGGGACAGUCUGCUGGAGCCUUUCUGGCCCAUGGGUACUGGAUGUGCUCGAGGGUUUCUGGCUGCCUUUGACACAGUGUGGAUGAUAAAGGGUUGGGCUCAGGGUAAAGGACCCCUUGACCUUCUAUCAGAGAGGGAGAGCAUUUAUAGACUGCUUCCUCAAACAACAGCUGAAAACAUUUCUAAGAACUUUGAGCAAUACACCAUAGACCCCGCCACACGUUACCCUAACCUCAACUCCACCUGUGUACGACCACAUCAGGUACGCCAUCUGCAUAUUAACGGCGAGCAGGACUUAAGUUCUCUGGAGCGCAGUGGACACACACGCAGAUCUGUUAGCAUCUCCAGAAAAGAAUCAGAGGUACGUCCCAAUCGGCUGCUUAUGUGGUGUCAGAAACAGACUCAAGGCUACAGGGGAGUGGACGUGACUGACCUUACGACCUCCUGGAGGAGUGGCCUAGCUCUGUGCGCCCUCAUCCACCGUCAACGACCAGACCUCAUUGAUUAUGACUCUCUAAACAAGGCAGACUGCGCUAAAAACAACCAGUUGGCAUUUGACGUGGCAGAGCGUGAGUUUGGCAUCCAGCCGGUCACCACAGGGAAGGAGAUGGAUGCUGAACGAGGGCCAGACAAGCUCAUCAUGGUGCUCUAUCUUUCCAAAUUCUUCGAGAUGUUCUGCAACUCGAUUCAACCUGCUACAGGUGUACCCAAAGAGACUGAUCCAAAUAAUGAGGACUAUUCAGCAAAGACUGCAAACACUGUUUACAACUCGAUAAAUCUCCCAAUGCCAAGAAAGAGGAUUCCAAAGGUUGAUAAGAAGUUGGAAGACAGUGACACGAACAAAAAGAGGAAGAAGGCCACAAGUCACCUGGAGGAGCAGAUGUCCAAUCAGAGUGCACCCCCUGUAGGUGAGAAAGGGGAACAGAAGGAAAAUAAGGUGCGCUCCAUGGCAACUCAACUGCUGGCCAGGUUUGAGGAGAACGCCCCAAGCUGUGCCUUGCGCAGACAGUCUGAAUCUGAGACUGAAUCUGAUGAUGAAAAAUCUAUACCUUUGGACAUGACUGAAAACCCACGCUUUGCCAAACCUAAGAGCCAGCCCACACCCCCACCUCCCCCUCCACCCAAGCCAAAAUGGCAGCCAUCUCCUUAUCUAAGGCUGCUCGAAACUCAAAUCCGACAUGAACCUCAGCACAUAGAUGCCCAGCUCUCUGACCACCAUGUAGCGAUCCAGUCAAGUUAUGGGUACACAGAAAUCCAGUCCAACCACAAACAGACUGGAGUUCACUCCAGUUUCCAGCUAACUGAAAUGAUCUCAGGUUAUCAAAUCACUGAAUCCCAUCCCAGAUCUCCUCACAUUCUUUUCAAAGUGCUCCAGCCAGUUUCUCAAACCCAGCUGCCCACACGGGUGGCAGAUCCAUCAGAUUCUCACCCAUUAAUUACACCAGCCAUGGGUGGGAUGUUCCAAUGUCUGCAGAGGCUAGAAGAAGAAAUCAGCCAGAAAAAAGCACAGUCUGAAAUGGCUAGACAAUUUAACAAAGCGAGCAUAAAGGAACGAGCUCAGCAAUUGAGCUGUCUGUUCACUGGCAAGCCACCUCUACCUCAGGCAGAUGAAGCCUCUUCUGCUGUUUCCUCCUCUCCUUCUAAAACUUCCUCAGAAUACUCUACUUUCUCCUGUCUUCUGUCUCCUGUUCCUUCAGUGCAACACAAACAGUGCAAUGGAGAUUCAGAAACAGACCUGAACCAUAAUAAACAGACAGAUUGCUCUGAAAUCAGACGUGUCGAGUGCCUUGACACCUCCAAACAGAGAACAGUGGGGAAAGUUUCCUCUGCCAUUGGGGUUAAAGCUGCUACACUGGCAAUCUUGUAUGAAACCGAUCACAGGCCUAACAACCCGUUUACCCUCUCACUGACAGAGGCUCGAAGAUGUCCAGAAUCUGUGGCGACCAGCCUGCGUAAGGAGUUUCCACAGGGCCUGGGUGGCAGUGACACCUGUCACUUCUGUAAGAAGCGAGUGUAUGUAAUGGAGCGACUCAGUGCGGAGGGAUACUUCUUCCACAGAGAGUGCUUCCGCUGUAACGUCUGUGGGUGUACAUUGAGACUGGGCAGUCAUGCUUUUGACUCGAAUCAAGGCACUUUUUACUGCAAGCUGCACUUUUCUCAACGGAAAACCAGCAGUAGGCAACAAAGAGGAGAGGUGCACAAUGGCAGCAGACCCUCAACCAGCGCUAGUUCUGAUUACACGGCCACUGAUGGCCUCCAGAGACAGCCCUCAGAAGCUGCUUUACUAUCCCAAUCCCAUGUAAGACCACUCUCUUGUUCCUUUUCCUAAAAACACAAACUGAGGUCAUCACCUUAAGAGAAGACUUUAGUUUUGCACAAUUUAAAAAAUCCUAUAAACUUUUGUUAAUGUAAAUUUGAGCUCUUUUAUGCUACUAUGCCUGUAUAUUUCACAAUGAAAGACUGUUUGUCUUAAUUUAUAUUUAAAGCCUGUAAGCGUAAAAUAAAUACAUUUUUAACUCGAAAGACUUUGUUUCUGCCUUUGUUUGCCAAGCCAGUGAGUUCCUGUGUAACUGCAACUGUCCCAAAGAUGUAUUUGUGUUCAUCAGCGAAAUGAUGAACAUUUUAAUACAAAUGUUUGAAUGCCAAACAAAUAAUAUCAAAAGUAACUAUUACAGCUCAGUAUCCUUUAGACUCAGUACCCUAUAGACUUGGCCUAAAAAAAUAACACUAUGCCAGAUAUCACACACUACUCACAUACAUAACCUCACCUUUAUGUUUUGCCAUAAUGGUCAAGUUUUUUUUCCACUUUUUAACUUCACAUGCCCACUUUUUGAAAGCAUUGGAUCAUCUAAUCACUGUUAGAAAACCAUUUUUUUUUUUUUUUUUUUUUGGAGCAAUCGGGGGAGAAGGGCCUUUGUAAGAGAGGUGAUGUUUUAAUAACCAUAAUAUGGUACAUACAUCAGACCCAUUGACAAUAUGUCAAAUAUUUCUGAAUUCUGUACACUCCCACUUAACUUGGUACCUUUGGGUCUUUUCUGUCCCUUUUCCUUUAUUUCUGCCUGUUGUAGGUGAAUGCACUUAAUUUUUAAAGGUGAAGUUAAUAAUUUCCAAACAAGACUACCUAAGUCAUCUAUUGAUCUACAUAAAACGGAUAGUCCUGCCCCAAACUCGCAUCAUUGGUUGAGCCAAUGUUGAUAUGUCGGGCUGGUCAGGAUGCUCAAAUAAACCAAGCAAUGUUUUGAAAGCAGCAAAUUGUUUAGAAUUUUGGGUGAAUUCGAGGUUAUAGUUAUCUCAGCAUAUUAAGUUCGGAUAGACAUUUUUUAUGAGAAAGUAUUUUAGCAUAAAAAAAAUUAUACCCUUCAACUUCAGACUUCAGAACAUUUGUAUAAUUUUAUGGCAAAUAUACAGCUUAAACUAAAAUGGAAAAAAAAAAAUUUGUUUGCUUUUGUGUAGGUUUUAUAAGGACAAACUAGAUUGAAAAAGGGGGCUCUUCCAGGAACAUGCAGUACAUUCAUUUUUUUUAUUGUGUGUGUUAGAGAAAAAGAAAGAGUAGGCGUUCAUAUGGAGCAUGUGUCCCAAGGUUAUAACAUCCACUUCUACAGCUUACAUCUUUCACUCAUCCACAAGUAAAACAGAUGAUUUCUAAAGACGAGGUUGUUUCAGCGUUCUUUCUCAAGCAUGUUUAAUAUUUCAAAAGCUGGAAUCCUUGAGUCUCUUUGCUCUCUAAAUCGAUGGCAAUAAAAUUGCACAAUCCCUGUUGCCAUUGAUUCCUGACUAAAUGGAAUAACCUUUUCCUGAGUUCAUAGACAAGAAAUUUGUUCAGUUUUUUGUGUCUGCACAUACAUGAUAUCAUAUGAAACAGUUUUCAGUUACCUUAUGCUACAGUCCAAGCUGAAAUUCAAGUUUUACUAUAAGGGCAAAUGGAUUUAUAGAAUAUCAAAGAACCACUGCAAUUAAGUAUUUUAUUCAUUAACAGCUGCCUUCAAUGUGUAUUUCACUAUAUACACUAUAUAUUGGAAAUGUAUAUUCUGUAAAGUGCAUUCCAAAAAUAUUUAUUUAGAGUUCAUUUAAAUAUAAAAAUGUUUGUGUCCUAAUUAACCCUUUAAAUCGGGGUUGCCAGAUAAUGCAAAGAUGAUAUAAGUGGUUGUUUCUUAAAAACAAAUUAAAUAAAAGAAGCUAUAUAACAAAUGAGUCCCAUUUAGCCACAAUAAGAAAUAUAUCUGAAAUACAUACAGGUACAUGUAUAUUACAGACUUUUCACCCAGUUGAAAACCUGUCGUGUGUGUGUGUGUGUGUGUGUGUGUGUGUGUGUGUAUGUGUGUGUGUUUAUCACUUUAUGGGGACCAAAUGUCCCCAUAAGGAUAGUAAAACCCGAAAUUUUGGACCUUGUGGGGACAUUUUGUCGGUCCCCAUGAGGAAAACAGCUUAUAAAUCAUAGUAAAUUAUGUUUUUUGAAAAGGUAAAAAUGCAGAAAGUUUUCUGUGAGGGUUAGGUUUAGGGGUAGGGUUAGGUUUAGGGGAUAUAAUAUAAAGUUUGUACAGUAUAAAAACCAUUAUGUCUAUGGAAAGUCCCCAUAAUACAUGGAAACACUACGUGUGUGUGUGUCAGUUGUAGCAUUUCAAAGUGUAAUGGGUACCACUCUGCAAUCAUACAGUAUAAUGUUGCAGUUAUACACCCUAUUUAAGAUUUAGUUAUAUUUAUUUGUAUUAUAAGUUGUGUUGGUGAUGAUCCGACAUUUUUAAGGUACGUCGCAUUGUCUCAGUUUGGUCCUGUUAAUGUAUUGAUACUGUAUGUGUUUAUUCAGUUUGUCAUAUGUAUGUGUGUG